AUGCUCAAGAUGGGCAUUAUUCGUACAUUGCUCUUCCAAAUCAAGCCUGAUGCUGAUUCUCAGGCCGUCGAAGAGCUACUCGUUAAGUUCCGCGCUCUGAAGGACGCAUGUGUCCGGCUUGAUACUGGGAAGCCUUACCUUCGGUCAGUUCAGGGUGGACCAGAUAACUCCCCUGAUGGCUUACAGGGUGGGUUUACUCAUGCAUUCGUGCUUGAGAUAGAGAACUCGGAAGACCGCGAUUAUUUUGUCUUUGAGGAUGCCGUUCAUCUCAAAUUUGUCGCCGAGUCAAAGGAGGUGGUUGCCAGGGUUCACAUUGUUGACUUUGAUACGCAUACUUUUUGA